AUGAUCAACCCGUAAAAAACGGUGACAGCCCCAAAUCCAAUAGAAGAAAGGAAACCCGCAGAAAACGUGCUAGCACACAGUUCAAAAAGUGACUCUCAUGUACGGCAAAUUAAAAUAUCAACGCUACUUAAUCUGAUUCCAAUCCAUUCUGAUUUGAUUCGCACCUUCGAGCUUCAGAUUCUUUUUGGUUUAUAAAAUUUGAAGGAACAUGCAGUCUUUAAGCAUCAAGUUUUGCCUGGGUUUACGGUCAGCCGUUAUGACGGACUCCGAGGCGGUGAUGAAUUGCAGGAACCGGAGGAGAGGGAAUUGGAGAGUGAUCGUAGCGUGCGGCGGUGCGGAGAGGAACUGGAAUGAGAGUUUGAGCUUGUCUCGGAGCCACAAUUACGCCAUGUUGAAGCACCGGAUGGACGCAGCUGCCAAGUCUGAGAAUUAUGAAGAGGCUGCGAGGAUUCGUGACUCGUUGAAGUGCUUUGAAGAUGAUGUGCCGGUUCUGCGUCUGCGGAGGUUGUUGAAGGAAGCUAUUGCUGACGAGAGAUUUGAGGACGCAGCAAGAUAUCGUAAUGAGUUAAAUGAAAUUGCCCCACAUUCUCUCUUGAAAUGUUCGAGUGAUGUUACAACCUCGGGAAUCCGAGUCCAAGUUAAGAGUGUAUAUAUAGAGGGCAGAAGUCAGCCUUCAAAGGAGAUAUAUUUCUUUGCAUAUAAAAUCAAAAUUACCAAUAACACUAACCGCCCUGUUCAGCUUCUCAGAACGCAUUGGAUUAUAACUGAUGCUAAUGGUAAAACUGAAAAUGUCUGGGGAAUUGGGGUUCUUGGUCAACAACCAGCUAUACUUCCUAGGACUAGUUUUGAAUAUAGUUCUGCACGCCAAUUAAGCACACAAAAUGGUCGAAUGGAAGGUGACUUUGAGAUGAUACAUGUUGAUCGAGUAGGCUCGAGAGCAUUUAACGUGGCCAUUGCCCCUUUUUCUCUUGCUCUACUUGGAGAUGAUGAUGGUCAAACUAUUUGAGAUAGAAUUACACCAUCACCUUCUUAAAAUGCGCAAAAGAAGCAUCGAUUGGUUGUCAAUAUCAUUGAACAAGAUAUGCUCACGCCUCACAGUCGUAUUAAGAAAUUAAAGCUGGCUAUGUGCAUUAGAGAAUGAGUGAUUGUAAAGGUUUAGCCUUACAGAUUUUGUAUUUGUAUUUGUAUUCUAUUUUCUUGCUUUCUGGUUAGAACCUUAUGUUGUUGUAUGGUGUGUACAGAACUCCAGAAAGAAAUCAAUUUUCAUGUGUAUAUAUUGACCUUUCAAGUUGUAUUAUGCUUUCAACCCUGACU